GACGGGGUGCAUAAUGGUGGAACACAACGGAAUGGAAAGGGGGAAAAAUGAAAAUUCCAAAGAGAAAAUUGUUCCUUUUCAUAAUCUUUGCAUAUGUGGCGUUUUCACUCUACGCCGCGUACAAUGUGUUCUUUAGCACCAAAGUCAUCUCCCGCGUUCACAGGGUAGUGAAAAAAGAGGCAGGACCCUUGGGACGGGCUCGGGAUGGUGGAGCUGCUCCAUUCUUAGCGGAUGAGUGGAAUCCGUGGGAGGAUGAACAGGUGGAGUACAACUCCGACCUGAAUAAAAAGAGAGAGGCCUUCAAACAGCAUAUGGUACGAAUCGAAAAGAACAAACCCAAAAGAUUUAAAGUCCAAAUCUGGGGUAAAGCGGCCAUAGGGCUUUACCUUUGGGAACACAUUUUAGAGGGUCCCCUCAACCCUACUGACAAGGUAGCACAAUGGAGAGAGGGUGAACUCCAAUCAGGAAAAAUUGAUUUCAGUUUCUACACAGGUCCGGCUGUCGUUCAGGGUCAUGUCCCUAUGGAUAUGAACAGUCUGGUUGUUGUCUUGAACGGUCGUGAGCAGCAGAAAGUAGCAUACUCUACACGCUGGCUGGAGCACGUCCAAACUCUAGUUCAUUCCCACACGGUGUCCCACGUGGCUGUGGUCCUGCUGGGAAACGAGCAUUGCAACAAUGAGUGGAUUGGCCCAUACUUAAAGAGAAAUGGCGGCUUUGUGGAUCUGCUCUUUAUCGUGUAUGACAGCCCUUGGGUCAACGACAGAGAUGUCUUCCAGUGGCCCCUUGGUGUUUCCACGUACAGGCAGUUUUCCAUGGUUAGGCCCAGCACUGAGAUGAUCACCUCCAACAGACCAUACCUCUGCAAUUUCCUUGGAACUGUUUACAAGAAUUCCUCCAGAGAAACACUCAUGCAGAUUCUAAAACAAUCUGGCCUUGAGAAAGAUUGCAUUACUUUUGCCAGGGAGAAGUGGCUCCCCCAGGAGACAGCAGAGAGUCAGAAGCGCUAUCAGACUGCGCUAGUCCAGAGCGAGCUCACCCUCUGCCCCGUCGGCAUCAACACAGAAUGCUACCGCAUCUACGAGGCCUGUUCUUACGGCUCGGUUCCUGUAGUAGAAGACGCACUGACGCCUGGGACAUGCGCGGCUGGGCCCAGCUCCCCGCUGCGUCUCCUGAAGGCGGCGGGAGCCCCCUUCAUCUUCAUCAGCGAUUGGAGGGAGCUGCCCGUGAUUCUAGAGAGGGAGAGAGGAAUGAGCCAGGAGCAGAGAGUGGACAGGAGGAGGAGGUUGCUGGAGUGGUACGCCACUUUCCGUCAGCAAAUGAAGGAGAGGUUCACUGAGGUUAUCGAGGAGAACUUCUUCAAAAGCGGCUGAUUUUGUUACUGAAGGUUGUAUACUCACACUUGGCCAAUCUUGGCUUUUUCCGUGAUUCCCUCUCUUUGUAACUGAGCAUUUGUGCUGCAGCCCCUCUACUUGUCCAAUCACUUUUAUUCCACUGUAAUUUUCCUGUAUUAGUAGAUUGUUAUUUUGA